AUGGCGCUCGCCGUCGGUGCGCAGCCAGGCGCCUCGCCCGGGCGCUUCCCGAUGUCAGCUGCGGAUGAAGCGCUGAUGAUGAUCUCAGACCUGGCCUCCGACGACGCGGCCGCCCGCCACGCGCGAGACAACCGCCAUGUGGCGGAUAUGCAAGCGGUCGCCUCGCCGCCGGCGCGCCGGCCGCGCAGCAGCAUCCUCGCCGGGUCGGCAGGCAGCACGCCGCGCAACGUCCUGCUCAGCGUGCUGCGCCGCCGGUCGCCCGCGCCGCCCGCGCAGCUGCUGGCGCCGCCGCCGGGCGUGGAGGAGGGCGCGUGGCGCGACGCGGUCGCGCGGGCGGCAGCGCUGCGGGUGGACCCGCGCGCCUUGGUGGGGCGCGCUACGCUGCUGCUGCAGAGAUCUAUGGUGCAGCAGCUUCAGAGGCAUUAUCAGCACACCGCAGAGUGUGCGCGCCUCGAGGCUGCGGGCCCAACGCACCCAGCGGCGGCGGCGGCAGCGACAUCCGCAGCAGCAGCCGCGGCCAAGGGCGCGGCGACCACGGACAGCGGCUGCGGCGUCGCCGCGCGGUUGGAGCGCAUGUGCAGCCGCGUGGUGCGAGAAAUCGACGCGCGGCCGGCGGUCAGGGCGGUUGGCAGGGGCGGCGGCGGGCCGAGCCGGCGGCGCCCGAGAGUGGGUGGGCGCGUCGGUGCAACCACCCCUGGCAGCAGGUUGAUGGUUCUGCAAGACAGCUUCAACAGCAGCAUGAGGGUCCUGGAAAGGAGCAGCUCGAACGCCAGCGGGAGCGGCGGCGACGCCGACGGCGCGCUGCCGCGGGCCGUCAGCUGGAACCUCCCAGGCGGCGCCCCGUCUGGCUGCACCGCCGCGGGCUGCGGCGCGUGCGGCACGCCCGGCGCCGGCGCCGGCGCAGGGAGCGGGAGCUGCCAGGCGGCGGCGGGGCCUGCCGGCUCGCCUGCACUCGCUGCGGCGCCCUCUUCCUUGUCUCAGGGUUGGCGGUCCCCCGCACCCGGCGCUGCACACGGCAUUGACACCAAUCAACAUAACUUGUCGCCCUUGAAGGUUGCCGCCCAGGCCACAGCAACCCCGGCGCGGUCCUGCGCGGCGACACUGGCUCCCGAGCCAGCCGCCUCGCGCAGCCCGCCCACAGCAGGCGGCGGCGACGACAGCGGCACCCUGAAUGCGCAGAGGGCCUGGGGGGGCAGCCGGCGCCUCCGCCAGAGGCUCGAGGGGCUGAGGGGGAUGCUGCGGCCGGCCAAGAGCAGCAAGCGGCCGCCUAGCAGGGCCGGCCAAGGCAGCGCGAGCGAAAGCGCCGCCAAGGCUGGCGGCGCGGCCGCGCCGGCGGGCCGCGCUGGCCUGGACCAGCGGAUGGGCCGGGACGCGUACAACACGCACGCGCAGGUGGUGUCAGCGGCCACGGCGCGACACGUGAGGCGGUACGCGGCCGCCGCGCGCGACACGCGCGCGUCACUGCUGGCCGCGUCCGCUGCUGAGGCCGGGCUGGGCUGCAGCAGCCGUGAAGGCGGCAUGGCAGCGGCGACGGGCUCGCGGCUUGAUGGCGAGGGGGCGGCUGGAGAUGGUUGGGGGGGCGCCACCCGCGGGCACAGCGCGGGGACGGCAGCGGAGAGCCGUGGGGACGCCGCUUUGCUGACGGUGCAGCAGCUGGUGGCGCUGUUGGUGCAGGCAGACGUGCAGCCGCCAGAAGAGUGA